GAGGAGGAGGCGCGGGCUCGAGCUGCGGCUGGGUCUGGGGCGCGGAGCCUCGGCGGGAGGAGGCGGACACGUGGCAGCGGCGGCAGUAGCGGCGGCAGUAGCGGCGGCCUCGGUCCGGGGCGCCAGCCGUCCUCCCUCUUUCCUCCCGCAGCAGCCCUAGUUCCCGCCUCUCGGCUCCCCCGGCCCCGCUCUCCCGGCCGGGAGCUGCUCUCUCUCUUCUUUCUAGUCUCCAGCCAGAGGACCCGGCGCGGGGCCCGCAGCGCAGCCACCAUGGGGAAGGGGGUUGGACGAGACAAAUAUGAGCCCGCGGCUGUGUCCGAGCAUGUCGACAAGAAGGGCAAAAAGGCUAAAAAGGAAAGGGACAUGGAUGAGCUGAAGAAGGAAGUCUCCAUGGACGAUCAUAAACUCAGCCUUGAUGAGCUCCAUCGUAAAUACGGAACAGACCUGAGCCGAGGCUUAACUCCUGCGAGGGCUGCUGAGAUCCUGGCCCGGGAUGGCCCCAACGCCCUCACACCCCCUCCCACCACUCCUGAAUGGGUCAAGUUCUGUCGGCAGCUGUUUGGGGGCUUCUCCAUGUUGCUGUGGAUUGGAGCCAUUCUUUGUUUCUUGGCUUAUGGCAUCCGAAGUGCUACGGAAGAGGAACCGCCAAAUGACGAUCUGUACCUCGGUGUGGUGCUGUCUGCUGUAGUCAUCAUAACUGGUUGCUUCUCCUAUUAUCAAGAAGCUAAAAGUUCCAAGAUUAUGGAAUCUUUCAAAAACAUGGUCCCUCAGCAAGCACUUGUGAUUCGGAAUGGUGAGAAGAUGAGCAUCAACGCAGAAGAUGUCGUAGUCGGCGAUCUGGUGGAGGUGAAAGGUGGAGACCGGAUCCCUGCUGAUCUCAGGAUCAUAUCUGCAAACGGCUGCAAGGUGGAUAACUCCUCACUCACGGGGGAGUCGGAACCCCAGACUCGGUCCCCAGAUUUCACCAACGAGAACCCCUUGGAGACAAGGAACAUCGCCUUCUUCUCAACCAACUGCGUGGAAGGAACUGCGCGCGGUAUUGUUGUGUACACUGGAGAUCGAACUGUGAUGGGCAGAAUCGCCACACUUGCUUCCGGCUUGGAAGGGGGCCAGACACCCAUUGCUGAAGAAAUCGAACAUUUCAUCCACCUCAUCACGGGUGUGGCUGUGUUCCUGGGGGUCUCUUUCUUCAUCUUGUCCCUGAUCCUUGAGUACACCUGGCUGGAGGCUGUCAUCUUCCUCAUUGGUAUCAUCGUAGCCAACGUGCCCGAAGGUUUGCUGGCCACUGUCACGGUAUGCCUGACACUCACUGCCAAGCGCAUGGCGAGGAAGAACUGCCUGGUCAAGAACUUGGAAGCUGUGGAGACCCUGGGGUCCACAUCUACCAUCUGCUCAGACAAAACUGGAACUCUGACUCAGAACCGGAUGACAGUGGCCCACAUGUGGUUUGACAAUCAAAUCCAUGAAGCUGACACCACGGAGAAUCAGAGCGGGGUCUCCUUUGACAAGACGUCAGCCACCUGGUUCGCUCUGUCCAGAAUUGCUGGUCUCUGUAACAGGGCAGUGUUUCAGGCAAACCAAGAAAACCUGCCUAUUCUUAAGCGGGCAGUCGCCGGAGACGCCUCCGAGUCGGCGCUCUUAAAGUGCAUUGAGGUCUGCUGUGGCUCCGUGAUGGAGAUGCGGGAGAAAUACGCCAAGAUCGUGGAGAUUCCCUUCAACUCCACCAACAAGUACCAGUUGUCCAUUCACAAGAACCCAAACACGUCCGAGCCUAAACACCUGCUGGUGAUGAAGGGUGCCCCAGAAAGGAUCCUGGACCGCUGCAGCUCCAUCCUCCUCCACGGCAAGGAGCAGCCACUGGACGAUGAGCUGAAAGACGCCUUCCAGAAUGCCUACCUGGAACUGGGAGGACUUGGAGAGCGUGUGCUAGGUUUCUGCCACCUCCUUCUGCCUGAUGAACAGUUCCCGGAAGGCUUCCAGUUUGACACUGAUGAAGUCAAUUUCCCUGUGGAUAACCUCUGCUUUGUGGGUCUUAUCUCCAUGAUCGACCCUCCUCGAGCUGCUGUCCCCGAUGCUGUGGGCAAAUGCCGCAGCGCUGGAAUUAAGGUCAUCAUGGUCACAGGAGACCAUCCAAUCACAGCCAAAGCCAUUGCCAAGGGUGUGGGUAUCAUCUCAGAAGGCAAUGAAACUGUGGAAGACAUUGCUGCCCGCCUCAACAUUCCAGUGAACCAGGUGAACCCCAGAGAUGCCAAGGCCUGUGUGGUACACGGAAGUGACUUGAAGGACAUGACCUCUGAGGAGCUGGAUGACAUUUUGCGGUACCACACAGAGAUCGUGUUUGCCAGGACCUCUCCUCAGCAGAAGCUCAUCAUCGUGGAGGGCUGCCAGAGACAGGGUGCCAUCGUGGCCGUCACGGGCGAUGGUGUCAAUGACUCUCCGGCUUUGAAAAAAGCAGAUAUUGGGGUUGCCAUGGGGAUCGUGGGCUCAGAUGUGUCCAAGCAAGCUGCUGACAUGAUUCUCCUGGAUGACAACUUUGCCUCCAUCGUGACCGGAGUGGAGGAAGGUCGUCUGAUCUUUGAUAACUUGAAGAAAUCCAUCGCUUACACCCUCACCAGUAACAUUCCGGAAAUCACCCCCUUCCUGAUAUUUAUUAUUGCGAACAUUCCACUGCCCCUGGGGACUGUGACCAUCCUCUGCAUUGACUUGGGCACUGACAUGGUUCCCGCCAUCUCCCUGGCCUAUGAACAGGCCGAGAGCGACAUCAUGAAGAGACAGCCCAGAAAUCCCAAAACCGACAAACUUGUGAAUGAGCGUCUGAUCAGCAUGGCCUAUGGGCAGAUUGGUAUGAUCCAGGCCCUGGGAGGCUUCUUCACUUACUUUGUGAUUCUGGCCGAGAACGGUUUCCUCCCCUUUCACCUGCUGGGCAUCCGAGAGACCUGGGAUGACCGCUGGAUCAACGAUGUGGAAGACAGCUAUGGGCAGCAGUGGACCUACGAGCAGAGGAAGAUAGUGGAGUUCACCUGCCAUACGGCCUUCUUCGUCAGUAUUGUGGUGGUGCAGUGGGCUGACUUGGUCAUCUGCAAGACCAGAAGGAACUCUGUCUUCCAGCAGGGGAUGAAGAACAAGAUCUUAAUAUUUGGCCUCUUUGAAGAGACGGCCCUUGCUGCUUUCCUGUCCUACUGCCCUGGGAUGGGCGCUGCCCUUAGGAUGUAUCCCCUCAAACCUACGUGGUGGUUCUGUGCCUUCCCCUACUCCCUCCUCAUCUUCGUGUAUGACGAAGUGCGGAAGCUCAUCAUCAGACGGCGCCCUGGCGGCUGGGUGGAGAAGGAGACCUACUACUAACGCACUGCCCUGCACGCCAUGGAGCACCGUGCCGCACACUGCACCCACCCCCACCCCCCCUUUGUGUACUUCAAGUCUUGGAGCUCGGAACUCUACCCUGGUAGGAAAGCACCAAAGCAUGUGGGGAGCCAGACGUCCUGGAAUGAAGCAUGUAGCUGUAACGGGGGGCGGGGGGAGGGCUGCCUGAAAACACCCUGUACAGGAACGACAGUGGGGAAGGUUUAUAUGUGCCUUUUUGUUUUUGUAAAAAAGGAAAACCUGGAAAGACUGAAAGAUUACGUUUUAUAUCUGGAUUUUUACAAAUAAAGAUGGCUAUUAUAAUGGAA